GUGAAAGGGGGUGAGGUAGUUCAGUGUUCACUAGAUCAGAGGACGGUUCACCAGGAACACGGAUUACCAUGGAGAGAAAAGCCUUGCUUUGCAUUUUCUUCUUGUUGCUACCACUGGCCUUAGUGUCUGCAGACAUACCUGUCCUUAACUCAAUAAAUGACCUCAGGAACAUCGAGUUUGGCCACAGAUUCCCUCGUCAUGGUCUAAUGCUGCUACACUUCAUCUCUGGCGGCCUAUACGUCGAUAACAACGAUGCACUCAUACCAACGUUCUCGCCAGAAAUGGGAGACUGGGGCUUCCAUGAGUUUUAUAACAAUGAAGGCGUUUUUCCACCACUGCAAGAUCAGAACAGACAGGGUUACUACGCAGUCGGGAAUAUCAACACACCAACAGCAUACCCACUCUAUCCUUAUGUCACUCUCAGCUAUUACCUUACCCCAGGAAACUUAGAGAGGAACAUGGACAGGUUAGUUGUCAGAACAAGCCCCAACAGUCGACGGUUAGAGGCAGUCUACAUCACACAGCACAUUAGAGGAAGCAGUGAGUAUGACCCCUAUAACACCUACCAGACCAGCCCCGCCCUCCUGAGGGAGAUCAGGACCCUCUCGCAAAACAGGGUGGACAGUGUGGAGGUGUUUCUGUACGCUGCCGGCUAUAACGUAGACUCCAGAACCUUCACCUGGAACUGCUACGCCACUGAUAGCACAUACACGGUUGAAGACGCAGGCAGAAUGACUCUGAAUGAGUCCCCUGCUAUGAUGAAAGGGGCAGUGGUGAAUGACCACCACACAGAGUGCUAUGCUGUUGUGCUCCAGGUGAAAUCCACAGAAAGUGGGUACGCCCGGCUCGGAUGGGCUAAUGUCCCUGACAGCCUACUGGAUGUGGGGGUGAUGCUGGCACUCUUUAAUAAAGAUGGAAAUCAUCUCUUAUCUCUCUCUCUUGACAUGCGCAGCUAUGGAACCUAUGACACCAACCAGUACCUUAACCACGGCCUACAGGUCAAGCUGCUCUCCAAGGACGGGUCAAAUGUCAUCAUGAGCGGACCUCAGUAUGAUGACGCAGACAGGAAGAUUCCUGUUGGCAUAGAGGGGUAUGACGCCAGUCUGCAGCUCUACACUAAAGACGGCAAUGCUUGCGCUCGCCUGUUCAUCAGUAAGACCUUCACCGAUUGGAAGAAUGAUUUCUAUUACUCGUGGGUUGGAUUCUACUCCAAUCACAACGAUGCUAGUUAUUCUUACUAUACUCACGAGUACGCUGUCAGCUUCACUAAGCAGGAUGACACAAACAUAAAAUAUGAUAUAUAUUCGUAUGUGUCUAGUUUGUCCAUUCAACCUGGAGCUCAAGCUCGAUUCUUCUUCACGAAAACAUACAAUAACAUUCUGGCAAAAACUAAACCAUGGGAAAGGUAAAAAGGUGUCUGGAAGAUUGCUGGUAUUAGUAUUAGUGUCAUUUAAGGAGAAACCAGCAGAAUCUUACAGCAUUUAGAAAGAAAUUGGAAAGCAACAGUGUAAAUUUAAAGCACCCAACAGAGAACACCUCAGUCAGGUGAUUACCAAAGAGCCCUGUCUCCACCGCUUACACCACACCACAUCGUCUCCGUGGCGACAGGGAGCAGCCAAUCACCAUGCUGACGGCAGUAGAGAGCAGACAGGAUUGGACACAUCUGACCCUUCUGUAACUCAGAGACUGAUUAGACUACUACUAAAAUAUGUUUUGUCUCAGGUAAUAAGACGGAGAUGUGGGGAGAGGAUGUGUGAAUGAAUCAAAAGGCAUAAAUCAGCAUAAUGCCCUGAGGUAGUUUAUCAACUACCCUAAGCUACCUGACCUAUGAUAACUUCAUAACUGCAAUUGAACAAACUACCCUGACCAGACCAAUCGAGCACUGAUGUCUGUAAUGUCUACAUGUCAAAUGUUUGUGUUGUCUACUACCGUCAAUGGUGCCACAGUUUUUCAAUAUAAAUUGUAAAGUAUGUUUUGUUGUGUUCAUGGAGCCCAGGAAGAUUAGCUGUCGUCGUGGUGUCAGCUAAUUGGGAUCCCAAUAAAGAUAAAGAUAAAUAACUUUGUGUUAUAUUGAAGACCAUGAUUAUCAAGAUUGCUAAUGGAUGGGUAGAUUUUGUUUGAGCUGGUUAGACUCAAAAUCUAACAACAGAGGAGUAGAGGAGGGUCAACAGUAUUUUGACUAGGGUUGCAAAAUUCUGGGAACUUUCAAUACAUUUCACAGAAAAAAAUAUAUUUAAAGCAGUGGAGGCUGUUGAGGGGAGGACGGCUCAUAAUAAUGGCUGGAACAGAGUGUAAUGGCUGAAAAUGGAGUGACUGGAAUGGAAUCAUAACACAUGAAAACCAGCUGUUUGAUACUAUUUCAUUCACUCUAUUCCGGCCAUUAUUACGAGUCGUCCUCCCCUCAGCAGCCUCCACUCUCUUAAAGAUAACUUACGGUCUUUUCUUUCUUUUCUAUUGACUGUCUGUCGGCCCUGCAUUAAAGACCAUAAACGGUUAAGGAAAAUUGUGAUAAAUAAAAACAUAUACCAAUUUCAUUUAAGGACCUAAAAAUGGACAGCUGUGUCGUAUAAAUUGCAAAAUAGUUGGGAAGAGAUUUUCGAUGUACUCAUUCCAUGGCACAUGGUUUAUGAAUUGAAACGCGAAACAAAGCCGGAUUCAAAACUUCAAAUUUUUCAAUUUAAAUUAUUAUUCAAAAUUAUUGCAACCAAUAGAAUGUUACAUAUAUGGGGGAUACAAUAUUCCCAGCUCUGCAGAUUUUGCUGUGAAGAGGCAGAGACAUUAGAUAAUUUAUGGUACUCUCCAUAUGUAGCUUGUUUUUGGUCACAGGUCCAGGAAUGGCUGAAGAAUUGCAACAUUUACCUGGAGCUAACUCUGCAGAUAGCACUACUGGGUGAUUUGAAAAGUCAUUGUCAAUCUAUCAAUAAUAUAAUAAUUGUUUUUGCAAAAAAUAUAUUUUAAAUUUACAAUCUGUAGAAGCUAUGAGAAUAGAAAGGUUCAGUAACUUUUGUUAUUGACCAAAUACUUAUUUUCCACCAUAAUUUGCAAAUAAAUUAAUAAAAAAAUCCAACAAUG